UAAACUAAAUAUCAACUUUUUUCUGUGCCUCUACAGCCCACCGAUUUCAGCAAGCAGCUUAAUUGUGCCAGUGCCUGUUGCACCAAUGAAUGUUUUUUCAUUUUUGAAAAAGUUUAAAUUGAUGAAAACUGACAUGCUCAAUUUUUGACUAGCCUCAAGAACAUUGGUAAUAAAUAUAUAUAAAUUAAAUAAAAAAAAGCAUUGUAUAAUAAUCCAAGGAAAAAUAGCAUCAAACUGGAAGUAAUAAUUAUAUCUUUCAUAUUGAACUUCAAUUUUUGAAAAUUAUUUCAGUCACCAUGGUUUCUCUUGUGGAAAACAUUUCUUCAGACCAAGAGAAAGACUGCUCUAAUAAUGAUACAAGAAGCCAGAGAAAAAUUAAUUCAAAGAAACCUGCAAAUCCACAUUCAUCUUCUGACCCAAGUUCAGACAGUGAAUGUAGUAGCGAUGCUUCACAAGCCAUAAAUAAGAAAAAGAAAGUAGUUCGGAAGAAAAGGAAAAAAUCUGGAAAAAAUUCUAAUGAGUCAGGCACAGAUGAUGAGUUGCUACUUGAUAAAAACAAAUCUAAAGAUUCCUCUAAUUCAAAACUUUCCUCAGAUCAAAUUUCUCUUAAGCUAGAGGAAUCAAAUGCAAAUUUAAGUGAGUCUGAUAUAAAUGGUGAAGAAAUGACCAAGAAGAAAUGUGAAUCAGUCGAACCUUUGCAUAGUUCUGACUCUGACUCUGAUGCCAACUGUGCAAGUCCUGGCAACCAAAACUCAUCAAAGAAGCAGAAGCCAUCAAAGAAUAAGGGUAAAACAUUGAUAGUCAAGCUGGAAGCUUUGAAAUUUGAGGGCCAUGAAAAGACAACAAUUUCUUCCAAAUCUAGUAAGAAUAAUGGUGCAACUUUGAUCAAAGCAGAGCUUCUUGAUUCUUCAAGUAAUGCAAGUAAUUAUGUUGCAUCAGAUUCUGAAUCAGAAAAGUCCAAAAUUGAUUUUUGUAAACAUGAGCUUUCAGACAGUGAUGUUGAAGAAAGUAAAGCACUCUCAAAAAAGCUUCAUCAAAAGUUCAAACAUCAAAAUUAUCUCCAGAGUAAAAAACAAAAUAUUUCAAAAAAAGUAAAAACAGAAAAGAAAAUAAAGAAUAGUUCAAAAGAUGUUGCAAGUUCGUCUUCAGAUGAUGAGCCACCUGCAAGAUAUGCAUCUCCAAAACAUGCUUCCACAGAUAAGAUCAAGAAACAAAAAGUUUCUGUCAAAAGUGCAAUUAAGAAAUCAGCGACCUCAUCCUUGUCAGAUGAUGAGCCUUUGGCAAUGAGAAAAAAGUUGGGGCACUCAAAAUCAAUUUCAACAAAUCAAGUUGUCAGUGACAAAAACUCGAGUGAUGAAUCUACAUCUGAAGCAGAGGAUUUGGCAUCAAAAAGUAAUGGAUUAGAGAACAAAACAUCAAGGAAUUGUGACUCAUCUUCCAAAGAUGACAAGAAAUCUCAAGUUACUCGUUCCACCAGAGAUCCAUUUGCCCGUUACAAGAAGAUGCUGGCUGCCAUGGAUCUCCGUGUGAAUAACUAUGAACGUUUCUUUCAAGGUUGUCGCAGCAUCAAAGCCAAAAAGGACAAGUUUAUUUCAUUCAUGCAGGAGAAUGGCUUGAAAGGGACUCCUACUAUGGCUAAAUGCAAGAAAGUGGCAGCCAAGAACAGGAUCAAGAAAGAAAUAGCUGAUCUAGAUGUUGAAAACAUCAUCUGUGAAACAGGCCGUCCAAAACGCCGUAAUGUUUGGAGCCUCUACACCUCGAAGUCACCAGUAGCACCACAGAGGUCGGGAUCUCAGAAGCGCUCUCGCAUCCAGCUGCUUUCUGGUAGCAACAGUGACAGUGAUGCCAGCAGCAGUGACGGUGGCUGCAACAAAAAAUUAGGUAGUGAGUCUGAAAAAUUCUCUCGGAAACGUAAAUUUCAAAAAGACAGUGAUUCCGAUGAGCUGGUUCAUGAGAACGACUAUAAAUCAAACUCUAGAUUUUUGAGUUCCAGGAAAUCUGCCUCAAAAGAUGUUUCUCCUAAAAAGAAGAAAUCAAAGUCUGACAGUGAAUCUGAUGAUGAAACUCCUUGCAAGCAAUCAAAGUCUGACAGUGAAUCUGAUGAAACUCCUUGCAAAAAAUCAAAGUCUGACAGUGAAUCUGAUGAAACUCCUUGCAAAAAAUCAAAGUCUGACAGUGAAUCUGAUGAAACUCCUUGCAAGAAAUCAAAGUCUGACAGUGAAUCUGAUGAAACUCCUUGCAAGAAAUCAAAGUCUGACAGUGAAUCUGAUGAAACUCCUUGCAAAAAAUCAAAGUCUGAAAGUGAGUCUGAUAGAACCCCUUACAAAAACUCAAAAUGUGACGCCAAACCUUUGAAGAAAAUAAGGCAAUUGACUGCAUCAGCAAAGAAACGACAGAGCAGUGAAAACAUCUCAGUCAGAAUGAGGUAUUCAAAGAAUGUAAAUCGUCAAAACCGGGGGGCCAAGAAGGCCUGUAAGGAGAGAAAUGUUACCGAAUCUGAGCCUCAAUGUGUGGAAGAAGGAGGCGAUGCAUCAGAUUAUGAUGAUGGAACCACGGUGUCAAAGAAAAGGACCAGAACCCAGGAAACUUCUGAUGAAAAUGAGCAAAACUCAAAAAAAUAUAAAAUUGCCAGUGAUUCUAAUGAAUAAAUGUUACUGCAUUGUGUACCGAGUGCAAUUAAUUCAACUGAAAAAGUGAAUUUUCUGAAAAUUUGGGACACGAAGGGCACUGCCCUUAAUUUCCAGUUGCAUAGGUAUAUACUCUUUUUUUUUUGCUUCAAUUUGGCUGGAAAUAUGCCAGAGAAAAGUAGUACUUAUUUCAACUGCAGACUGCAAAAUUGACUAAUAUGUUUUAAGUGGGACUCGAAAUAAUAAACCGUUUUAUUUGUAGAUGUAAUUAGUUCUCUGCCCGUUUAAUUGAAUUUCCAAUGUUAACUUUUCUAGUUUUUCAUAUGGCCCUAUUAAUUUUGUGAUUCAUAUUCUUACAUUUUAUUUGAUGUAUAUUGAAGUAUUUCAUUUAAAAAUUCACAAUGUUUUUAUAACACUGGCGUUAUAAAUGUCGUCUCUGAAAUGUGUUUCUAAGAAGACCUGCUAUUUUGUUCAAUUCUUUACCAGAGAAUGUUCUUCACAUAGGAUUCUCAUGUUGGUUGGUAUAUGCUUUUGCUAAAUACACGCAGAAUUCUUAUGUUGAUAUGGCUGUAAAUUUCGCUUUGUUCACAAAGGAAUAACGUUGACGAUGGUUAGAUUUUAGUUUAUUUUACAAAUGUAUCUGCGUCCUCUUAUUUCUGCAAACUGUAUCUUGAUCUAGCCCCAAGUUGGACGGAAAUUAAGCAGCCCUGUAUCGUUUGGUUGCUAAAAUUCAAUAAAUAACGUGAUUAAAAGAUACAAUG